AUGACCAAUGAUAUCGAACUGGGAUCGUCAGAGACCACAGCCAAAUCGACAUUUUCCAGGUCGGUUAUGACAUGGGCUUCCUCUUGGCGGGUUCCAGGAGCUUCCAGCCUGAAAUCUCAGAACUAUCAAGCUUCUGGCUUGGGGAGCCAUACCGAAAGAAUUACAAUCGAAGACCGUCGAAAAGGAUACCCGCGAUUCUCCGCCUUGAUGGCCGGGCAUAGUUCUUUUCAGAUAUACAGACAUUUCUUGGAUCUUCGAACGCGUCUCUUACUUCUCACUCAAGAUGAGAUAGUUGAGCUUGAAGAACAACUAGAUCACAUAGACAAGACGGAAAAGAGUCCUCUGUUCUUGGCAUCUCGCCGUGACGACAGAAACUCAGAUCGAUCUGUGGUCACCACCAAAUUACGUUCUGCUCUCUCAGCCUACGACGAGCUUCUGGAUGGAACUCAGCGGUCCUUGAAAUAUGAGUCACCUCAUGACAAAAUUCUGAGAAUAUUUCCAACGAUCCACACGUUCAAAUCUUCUCUCGUUCCUCGACGAUGA